AUGGCUAGUUUACCACCGCCGCCGUUACCAUGUAUAAACGAUGUCCUGCCUCACCAUUUACUAGUUCAGGUGUUCGCUCGCCUUCCAUAUCGAACUGCAUUUCGCUCUAGGUCUGUUUGCAAGCUCUGGCUCUCUUGUAUGCAUGAUGAUCCUUGGUUCGUCAAGCGGUUCAUUCACCAUAGAAUCAAGAACCGGUCAUCGAAUCGGGAGGAUCAGCAGCAGGUGGUGGGCCAUGUGCGAUGCAACCUCAGGGUUAUGCUCCUGGUAGUCACUCGCCCCUGCGGCAUCAUUCCACAUGCUCCCCGGUUCUCUUUGGAUUUCCUCCCAUGCCUUGCUGGAUGGAAGGGAACCAGCCACCCGAGCUCUCGUCGGCUGAUUGUGGGAUCGUCCAAUGGCUUGCUCUUGUGCACAUUGAACCAUGAGGAGUAUUACAUCUGCAACCCGCUCACGAAGCAGUGGCUCGCCCUUCCACCUCCUCGUAGACGCCAUCAUUAUGUGCAGGUUGGGUUUAUCUGUGAUCCAUUCUACCAUGUGCAGUAUGAUGGCGAAGAUGGUUCUGUAACUCUGAAUGAUCGGUUCGGUGUAAAGGUGGUUCGUCUGCCUUUCUUUCUUGGUAAUGAGGAAGGGAGCCCUAUUGAGAUGGAGGUAGAGAUCUUCUCAUCCCAGACAGGAUGCUGGACUACCUCCACUGUGAUGUUACCUAAGCGCCUUAGGUUUGAUGAGUAUAAUCCUCAAAUUGCUAUCCCUCACAACGGGAGGCUUUAUUGGUUCGUCGAACCAUGCGACAUCUUGAUCUACGAUCUCAGCAAGAACGAGUUCCUCUUGGAGAGCCACGAGCUUCCUUCAUUCGCGAUGCGUAGUUUCUUUUAUUGGAAUAGACAGCUUGUGGAAUUCAAAGGGUUUAGCCUAUGCCAAGGAUCAUUCUGGGUGGGUCAAACUGAGAAGUGGCUACUGAGAGUAUUUAACCUCAGAAAUGGUGAAUGGUUUCUGACGCAUGAUGUUCAUAUCCUCCAUGACAUGUACUGCAGUUCAAGCUUAGCAAGGCAAAGCGUGCAGAGGUCUUACGCAGGUAUUGAGUUCCGGUCUAUGCACCCUGUCGAUCCCAAUGUAGCGUAUUUGAGCGUGGAUGGCGAAAUCCUAGAGUGCGAUUUCAGAAACAGAACGAUCAAAGUGGAAGCUGAAAUCGAGAACUAUGGUCAGGAUAGUCUCCAGCUCGUAUAUUGGUUCAACGUGUUAACGUUUCCUCUUCCGUUGUGGCCAACUCCCCUUCCUCGACUCCCAGCUACGUAA